AUAGAUUUUUUCGAAGGGUGUAAUUGUUGACAUGAGAGAGUAGAGUUCGUGUUCAGUAAAUAUGAGACAUGUUAUGCGAAUUUAAUUUUGUUGUGGGAAAAAGCUCUCGAAAUCACGUAUAAAAUGUCUUACUAUGGAUUAUUCAGGCGAUAGUUCUGAUGCAGAAACCUUAAGAUCUGAAUGUAUAGCCUCUCAACAAGCAGGAACUGUAGAAAAGCAAACGGAAGAUACUAGUGACAAGGCUGUCAAACGUAGGAAGAGGAGUCAGCGAUAUCGACAGGCUUACCGCGUCGAAUGGGAAUCACAACCAGAUUUCAAAGAUUUAUCUUUGGGGACGUUUCUACGGAGGUUAUCAAAAUUUGCACACAAAAAAACAUGGCAUGAACACAACUGUAGCAAAAUGUGUGAUCAGAAGCUUCACCAAGAUGGAAGCAAAAUGAGCGCUGAAACCAGAUUGCAGUAUUUACUCAUUAUGCAAAAGUCCUCAUUCAGUUGGCUGAAGAGUGUUCCAGGGGAGCCUAAUCGAGCAUUUUGCCUCUACUGUAACCGAAGCCUUCAUGCUCAUUGUUUAAGUCUUUUAAAACAUUUAUGUACAUUAAAGCACACAAGAGCUGCACAGGCCAUCGCCCCAGAGCAGUUCCCAUGUGAUAUUGGUGGAGAGAAAAAUACAGAGGCACAACAAAAUUUGAUUAGUAGUGAAGAAAGUGGAAUUGAGGCUGCAUGUCAACAAAUUAUUACCAAUAACAGAGUCAGUGUCGAGCAAAAUAUGUUGAGCACUGAAGGCAGUAUUGUAGCUGCUCAGAAGCAAAUUGCUGGUUCUGAGAUGAGCACUGCACAAGGUACUAAGAAAGGAAUUUCUACCCAUGUUCUGGACACUGCCAAAGGAAAACCUGCCAAUGGAUUGCAGGUCAGCCUUUACCGGUUGAUGGGUGGAAAAUGGACAAUUGUUUCUGAAGGAUAUACUGAUGAAGAUGGUCGAUUCAGUAACUUCCUGCAGGAUUUAGAGCUAUGUAGUGGACGAUAUAAACUACAUUUUGAUGUUGAUAGAUAUUUUGAUUCAACAAGCCAAGAGUCACUGUAUCCUUUCGUAGAGAUUGCAUUUGACGUUAAGUCGCAACAAGAUCAUUACCAUAUACCCCUGCUGUUAAGCCCUUUUGGAUACACAACAUACCGAGGGAGUUGAUAAGAAAAUUAUAACUUUCUUGGUUUAAAUCAGAAGAGACUUUUAAUAUUACUUCUUGAGUACCAUGUAUGUUGUUUAAUUUAAGACUGGAGCAUUGUGUUCUGUAUAUUUUUGUCCCAAAUGUAACAGUGUUUAAUUUUAAGUAUUCAUGUAAAGCACAGCUAAAAACAGAAAUCUAUACAUUGUUUGUUUGAGGCAUAACAUUGAUGUUUAUUUUAUAUAUCAUACAUUUAUUAAGUUAAACACCUCUUUCAGUAAGAAAUCAUUAAAUUCAUGUGGGAAUUCAAAAUGUAGUAUAUAGUGUUUGCAGUAUAGCACAAAAUGUACGUUACUUGAAUGUAGGUUCCUAAACAUUUAAUGUUAUUGUACAGUACUUCAGUUUGUACUGUUGCUUAAAUGAUUCCAAAUGUUGUAAAUGUCAAAGCCUUUUAGUGUUAUUUGUACUGUUACGUUUGUUAAUGUCAUCACAAACUCUAGCAAACUGAUGAUCGAUACCUAAUUUCUUAUUUUGUUGUAAGAAACUGUAAGAUAAUAAUCGAAACUACAUUUUGUACCCUUUAAUUUUCAUCAUUGCAAUUGAUUUAUUGUGAUAAUAAAAGUAUUCAUGCUUUAAAUUA